GCGCUUUCACCCUCCCUGCCUCAAUCUCGAUAGUUUCAUGAAUAACCUGGAUACUGCUGAAAUGGCGGAAUCUAAUAGCUACCAGACACCUGCUAAUUCUGCCCCUGAGGCAAAGGGGCAGCCUGGGCUACCCCUCUCCCGGUGGGAAAGCGGUACCGCUCCAUCAAUUCCUACGGUGGAUGACCAAGAUAAUCAUAGCGACACGGGUUCUGCUAUUGAUGGAAUGAGUACCGUAACAUCGACAACCUCACUGCGAUCAAGCAUUUACGAGCACGUUGAAGAGAAUGGGAGAACCUACCACCGGUUUCGACAGGGUAAGUACGUAUUGCCGAAUGACGAGCAAGAACAAGAAAGGCUUGACAUACAACAUGCCUUGUUCAAUUUUGCUCUCGGGAGGCUCCAUCUAUCACCCAUCGGACCAAAACCACAGAACGUACUUGAUAUCGCAACAGGUACAGGAAACUGGGCAAUUGAUUUCGCGGAGCAAUAUCCAUCAGCUCAAGUUCUAGGCACCGAUCUCAGUGCCAUCCAACCACUCCACGUUCCUCCCAACUGUCGGUUCGAGAUCGACGACGCAGAAGAUGACUGGAUCUUUAACGAGCAGUUUGACUAUAUCCACGGCCGGGCUCUUCUAUCCUGUUUCAAAGAUCCCAAAUCGGUAUUUCAAAAAGCUUACAACUCGUUGACUCCAGGAGGCUACUUUGAGAUGCAAGACAUGGUGUGGCCGUUCCAAUACAUGGGUGACCCGCCCACAGAAUCCGCAUUAUAUAAAUGGAUGCAAACCAUCAACGAAGGGGCAAUACAAUUAGGGAGGCCAUGGAACAACGUGCCUCAUUACAAAAGAUGGUUUGAGGAGCUUGGAUUCCAAGACGUUGUGGAGAAGAAGUAUUACUUCCCGUUAAAUGCGUGGGCAAAAGGGAAAUUUUAUAAGGAAAUGAGUGUGUAUGCGCAGACGGACCUUUUGAAUGGGCUUGAGGGCUUGAGCCUCAAGGUUCUGGGUGCCAUGGGCUGGACUCCUGAGCAGGUGAAGGCUUACUUGCCGGCUGUGAGAGAUGAUGUGAAGAAUACGAAGACGCAUUGUUAUGCUCCUGUGCUAGUGGUCUACGGAAGGAAGCCCGUUGGUCAAGCAUGAAGCUUCGAAUUUAUAUUUUAUUGGGCUACCUUGCGGAAGUGCUAUCCUUUAAGUACAGAGUAGUAUCCGGUUCUCUCGGUAAUCUCAGCCGAACCUUUACCUCCCUUCUUUCUAAUACACUUAGUUACUAUUACUACUCUGCUAAAACGCUAUUUACUCAUAAUACUUAGUC